AGAUACUGUACGGGAACUACACAUACUGCUGUCUGGUGUUUUAAGGUAAAGGACGUGAAGUCUAGAAAUAGAUUCUCACGGCCGGAGACGAUGAGAGGUAUUUCACAGAACUAUCAGAAUGUUUGUUUGAAGAGAGGGACAUGGAGUGCUGAUGAAGACCAAAAGUUGAGAGCUUAUAUUAAGAGAUAUGGCAUAUGGAAUUGGAAUGAGAUGCCGAAAGCUGCUGGUUUGUUAAGGUCAGGGAAGAGUUGCAGGCUUCGUUGGAUGAACUAUUUAAGGCCGGGUAUUAAGCGUGGAAAUUUGAGCAAGGAAGAAGUGCAAACCAUAAUCAAGCUGCAUGAAAUUUUAGGAAAUAGAUGGUCCACAAUUGCAGCAAAGUUGCCUGGAAGAACGGAUAAUGAAAUAAAAAAUUUCUGGAACACCUACUUGAGGAACCGCUUCAACAACAAUAUUAGUAAUACCUCAGUGCAAGCACCAAAACUGCAAGGAACUAGUCCUGUGAAUGACAUCAAUGAAAACCAGCACAUGGAGGAGAAUGUUGGAUCACUUCAAUCCUCUGGAGAGCCAAGUUUCUGGGAUCAGCCAUUUUCAAUGGAAGCUCAAGUGUGCAAGGUGGAGGAUUAUGGUGAAGCAUACACAGAUGAGAUGUGGGUCCAAGAAUUGAUGUACCAUCCAAAUGCCUCCCACAAUUUUGAAUGCAAGGAAAGGAACUCAUCUGACAUUGACGUUUCACUUCCCCCUAGUCCAAAUAUAUUGAAUUCAGAAGAGUACUCCUCCAGCGGUACACUCCCUAUGUCACCAAUUAUAUCUACAGAUAAUUUCUCAUCAUCAAGUUCCAAUCCAGUGAAUGACUUCAAUGAAAACCAGCACAUGGUGGAGAUUGGAUCACUUGGAUCGUUUGGAGAACUAAGCUUGUGGGAUCAUCGGUUUUCAAUGGAAGCUCAACUGUGCAAGGUGGAGGAUUAUGGAGAAACAUACACAGAUCAGAUGUGGGUCCAAGAAUUGCUGCACUACUAAAAUACUUACCAAAUUUUGCUGCUGGCCAAGAGUAUUGGAUGCAUUGUUUGACUCAAGCACAUGGAAACUAAGUAUAGCGUAUGUUUUUUGCUACUUUCAAAGUGACCAACUGGAAAGUCUUAAUUGAUUCAUAUACAUAAUAGAAAGUGUUUGAAAAGACAGCUUGCUGUUAGCUACCGUUUAGCUAUGGUGCCUAACUGCGUCUUAUGCUGUGAUACCUGUAGGCUCUUCAGUGUUUAGAUUCC